AAAGUCUUCAGCUAUACAGCAAUGUCUAUGUAUUAUAUGCUUUUGGUCUGCCAUCUUUCAUAUUACAAAUGUGAGAGAAGUUUGCAAAUGAUACAUGUAAAUUGAUUUUCCUAGAUAGAGCGAAUGAUUCUUGAAUUCUAUUGUAUUCUGUACAUACAUUAUUUAUAAAUAAAAUGUCAGAUAGGAUAAAAACAAUCCAACAAUUCCCUUUUGUCUUUUUAGCAUCUACAAUGACCUCUUCAGACAGUGAGUUGAAGCAGAUAUCUACAGAGUUGGAAUAUAUUUCACUCAAGAGACAAGAACUUGUGGAAAGGAAAAAAAUCCAGUGCAUAUUUCAGGAGUUGAGGAAUCGUGCUGAAUAUAGACAAUCAGCAGAAGAGGUCGUCUCAAAACAGCAUGAUAUUGACAGCAUUGAUGACAAACUGAAACAACUAACAGAAAGAAAGGCAGAGCUCCAACAAAGCCUUGAGAGUGUCCUCAAUGCCAAAGAGAAAAAUAGCGAGAGAGAGGUCAGUUCCACCUCCAGUCAGAUGACUGGUGUUCCUGGCUUCAACAUUUUCUAUGUUGAGGCUCCACCUGCUAUCCCUGCCCCUUCGGUGAUUCUGGAUUUGGAAAAGCUUCCACCUCGUCCAUGUAAAACACAGUGUCCAGAGUGUCGGCAGUUCAUCACAACAGAGACUUUUAACUCUGUCAGCAGCGUCACCUGGCUGGUGUGUUUUAUGACAGCUUUGAUUGGCUGCGUAGCUGGUUGUUGCCUCAUUCCCUUUUGUAUCAAUAAGUUCAAAUCUACCACACACCGAUGUCCUAAGUGCCGGACGUGUAUCAGAACUAUUAAAAAGCUCUGAGAGAAAAGAAGCUGGUGAGAACUUGAAGCUCAAACAGAAAGACUUUGACCUAAUGGUAAAGUAUAUCAGCAGCAUGACUCCCCUGCAGAGUUUAUCUGUUUAUCUGUGUUCACUAUCAUCCUACACCAACUUUGGUUCUAAUGGAGCACAUGUCCGAUGGAAAGGAUAUGGUGUUGACUAAUAUAUUCUGCCUGUAUGUAGAUGUUUAUUAGUUAACAAUUAUUUCUCUAUAUAUUUAAAUUGAUAUUUCCCUGAAAUAGAAAAUCUGAUCUACUGUAUUUUACAAUUCAAAUGUAUAGUUGUUCUUCAAAUCUCUUCAUU